AUGCUGGUGCCGAGCACAGUGGUGCGCAGCGGGGGGCUGCUCUCGGGCGCCCGCCUGGGCUGCCGCGUACGGGAGGAGGACGUGGGGCGUCGCGAGACCUUCAGCGCCGAAUGGCUGGACCUAGAGCUCAGCACCCGGCCUGAGGAGGGGUGGUGCCGGCGGGAGGUGGACGAGCAGCGCCGGGAGACGCUGGAGCAUCGCGGGGAGGUGCGGGUGCUGGAGCAGCGUUCGCCCUGGGGGCUGCUGCGGUUCGGGUGCCUGGGGCAGCCCCUGACCCAGCACCUCCUGCCCUACGCCCGUACCCUGCCCCUGCCCCUCUUCGCCCCCCCGGACCUCCGCGGUGCCAAGGCGGGGGUCCCGCGCACCCUCUCCCGCUCCCUCUCCCACGAGGCCCAGCGGGGCUGA